AUGGGAGCUGCGCGGGGAGCCCCGGGCAGCCCCCGUCGGCUGCCUGUGCUCAGCGUCCUGCUGCUGCUGCUGGGCGGUGCCCAGGCGGCCAUCGUCUUCAUCAAAGAGCCGUCCUCGCAGGACGCGCUGCAGGGGCGCCGGGCGCUGCUCCGCUGUGAGGUUGAGGCCCCAGGCCCCGUGCGAGUGUCCUGGCUGCUCGACGGGGCUCCUGUCCGCGACACGGAGCGGCGCUUCGCCGAGGGCAGCAGCCUGAGCUUUGCGGCCGUGGACCGGCUGCAGGACUCGGGCGCCUUCCAGUGUGUGGCCCGGGAUGAGACCACGGGCGAGGAAGCCCGCAGCUCCAACGCCUCCUUCAACAUCAAAUGGAUUGAGGCGGGCCCUGUGGUCCUGAAGCAUCCUUCCUCGGACGCUGAGAUCCAGCCGCAGAUCCAGGUUACGCUGCGAUGCCACAUAGACGGCCACCCUCGGCCCACCUACCAGUGGUUCCGAGACGGGAGCCCCCUCUCUGAUGGUCAGAGCAACCAGACGGUCAACAGCAAGGAGCGGAACCUCACCUUCCGGCCGGCCGGCCCCGAGCACAGCGGCCUCUACUCCUGUUGUGCCCACAACGCCUUCGGUCAGGCCUGCAGCAGCCGGAACUUCACCUUGAGCAUUGCGGAUGAGAGCUUCGCCAGGGUGGUGCUGGCACCCCGGGACGUGGUAGUGGCAAGGAAUGAGGAGGCUAUGUUCCAUUGUCAGUUCUCUGCACAGCCGCCCCCCAGCCUGCAGUGGGUCUUCGAGGACGACACUCCCAUUACCAACCGCAGUCGCCCCCCACACCUCCGGAGAGCCACCGUGUUUGCCAACGGGUCCCUGCUGCUGACCCAGGUCCGGCCUCGCAACGCAGGGGUGUACCGCUGCGUGGGCCAGGGCCAGAGGGGUCCACCCGUCAUCCUGGAGGCCACGCUGCACCUGGCAGAGAUUGAAGCCAUGCCGCCCUUGGAGCCCCGGGUGUUCACUGCAGGCAGCGAGGAGCGCGUGACCUGCCUGCCCCCCCAGGGCCUGCCCGAGCCCCGGGUGUGGUGGGAGCACGCAGGAGCACGGCUGCCCACCCACGGCAGGGUCUACCAGAAGGGCCACGACCUGAUGUUCAUCAGUACCACCGAGAGCGACGCUGGUGUCUACACCUGCCACGCCGCCAACCUGGCUGGCCAGCGGCUGCAGGAAGUCAACAUCACUGUGGCCACGGUGCCCACGUGGCUGAAGAAGCCCCAGGACAGCCAGCUGGAGGAGGGCAAGCCUGGCUAUUUGCACUGCCUGACCGAGGCCACGCCCAAGCCUGUGGUCAUCUGGUACCGAAACCAGAUGCUCAUCUCUGAGGACUCCCGCUUCGAGCUCUCUGAGAACGGGACCCUGCGCAUCAACAGUGUGGAGGUGUACGACGGGACUUGGUACCGCUGUGUGAGCAGCACCCCGGCGGGCAGCAUCGAGGCCCAAGCCCGAGUCCAAGUGCUGGAAAAGCUCAAGUUCACACCCCCGCCCCAGCCGCAGCAGUGCAUGGAGUUUGACAAGGAAGCCACAGUGCCCUGCUCAGCCACGGGCCGAGAGAAGCCCACGAUCAAGUGGGUUCGGACAGAUGGGAGGAGCCUCCCAGAGUGGGUGACGGACAACGCUGGGACCCUGCACUUCUCCAGGGUGACACGUGGGGACGCUGGCAACUACACAUGCAUCGCCUCCAAUGGGCCGCAGGGCCAGAUCCAGGCCCACGUCCAGCUCACGGUGGCAGUGUUCAUCACCUUCAAGGUGGAACCCGAGCGCACGACCGUGUACCAGGGCCACACUGCCCUGCUGCGCUGCGAGGCCCAGGGUGACCCCACGCCCCUCAUCCAGUGGAAGGGCAAGGACCGCAUCCUGGACCCCACCACACUGGGACCCAGGAUGCACAUCUUCCAGAACGGCUCUCUGGUCAUCCACAACGUGGCCCCGGAGGACUCGGGCCACUACACCUGCAUCGCCGGUAACAGCUGCAACAUUAAGCACAAGGAGGCCCCCCUCUACGUUGUGGACAAGCCGGUGCUGGAAGAGUCGGAGGGCCCAGGCAGCCCUCCGCCCUACAAGAUGAUCCAGACCAUCGGGCUGUCGGUGGGCGCCGCCGUGGCCUACAUCAUCGCCGUGCUUGGCCUCAUGUUCUACUGCAAGAAGCGCUGUCGGGCCAAGCGCCUGCAGAAGCAGCCUGAGGGCGAGGAGCCAGAGAUGGCCUGUCUCAAUGGUGGGCCUCUGCAGAACGGGCAGCCCUCAGCAGAGAUCCAAGAAGACAUGGCUGUUACCAGCCUGGGCUCCAGCCCAGCGGCCACCAAUAGGCGCCACAGCACAAGCGACAAGAUGCACUUCCCGAGGUCCAGCCUGCAGCCCAUCACCACCCUGGGCAAGAGUGAGUUUGGGGAGGUGUUCCUGGCCAAGGCGCAGGGCCUGGAGGAGGGGGCGGCCGAGACCCUGGUGCUUGUGAAGAGCCUGCAGAGCCGGGAGGAGCAGCAGCAGCUGGACUUCCGCAGGGAGUUCGAGAUGUUUGGGAAGCUGAACCACGCCAACGUGGUGCAGCUGCUGGGGUUGUGUCGGGAGGCCGAGCCCCACUACAUGGUGCUGGAGUAUGUGGACCUGGGCGACCUCAAACAGUUCCUGAGGAUUUCCAAGAGCAAGGAUGAGAAGCUGAAAUCACAGCCCCUCAGCACCAAGCAAAAGGUGGCCCUGUGUACCCAGGUGGCCCUGGGCAUGGAGCACCUGUCCAAUAACCGCUUUGUACACAAGGAUCUGGCCGCUCGAAACUGCCUGGUCAGCGCGCAGAGACAGGUGAAGGUGUCGGCCCUGGGGCUCAGCAAGGAUGUGUACAACAGUGAGUACUACCACUUCCGUCAGGCCUGCGUGCCCCUGCGCUGGAUGUCCCCCGAGGCCCUCCUGGAGAGCGACUUCUCCACCAAGUCGGACGUCUGGGCCUUCGGUGUGCUCAUGUGGGAGGUGUUCACCCACGGGGAGAUGCCCCACGGUGGCCAGGCAGACGAGGACGUGCUGGCAGAUCUGCAGGCGGGGAAGACUAGACUCCCGCAGCCCGAGGGCUGUCCUUCCAAGCUGUACCGGCUGAUGCAGCGGUGCUGGGCCCUCAGCCCAAAGGACCGGCCCUCCUUCAGCGAGAUCGCCAACGCCCUGAGAGACAGCCCUGCCGACAGCAAGCCGUGAGGCAGGCGGCUGGCCAAGCUGUGCCUCAGGAUGGCGUGGGCAGGGGAGGACCUCCAGAGGACUGCCUGCAGCAUGAUGGGAUAGCUCCCCAUCCUCUUCAGCCCGUGGGCCCCCUUGCCCUGCGCAAUAGAAAUUGUCGAGGCCUGGGCAGGGCCUGGGCUCCCUCUUCUUGCUCCCCCUCAGCACCCCCGGGAGAUCUGAUUCGGACCCAGACUAGGAGACCAGGGCCUUGGGAUGGGCAGUUCUCUACCCUCCCACCCCCAAUCAGGGCCAGUGUGGGUGCCUCAGGUAACCCUCUGUUUUUACCUGGGGACAGCUACUCUGGGAAUGACCUACGUGUGGGAGGGAGUCCCUACACAUAUAUACUCAAGUUCCUGGGUAGCUCUGGGCACACAGGGCCAAGGGGCCUUCUGGUACAUGGCCCCCACCUCAGGUUCUCAGCCAGGACAGCGGAGAGCCCCACACCUGAGUCCUCCCACCAUGGACUUGAGCACAUGGGCCCAGGCCGGGCCUCCUCCUCCCGCCUCUCCUUCCCUCAUCCUAAGUGCCUGGCAGAUGAAGGCGAUUUCAGGAGCUUUUGACACUAUAUAACCCGCCCUUUUUAUACGCACCAUGGGCUGCUUUUGUAUGUAAACUGCAGUGUGGGGUGGGUGGGCAUGGGAGGCAGGGGUGGGCCCGGAGGAAGGGCUGAUAGCCCCUGCCUCACACUUUUAUUGUUGUUGUUUUUGUUUGUUCAUUUGGGUUUGUUUUGUUUGGUUUUUUUUCAUUAUUAUUUUAACACCCGCUGCUCUCAAUAAAGAAGCCUUUUGUACAA